AGAGGAGCCACAUCUGCUCCAUCAAUAAAGGAGCGCAUCUCUUUCCGAGACAACCCUGUUCAGCUGAGCGGCGGCUGGGGAGGGGGCAAGAAGAGAGGCAAAGUGUACAAACGAUGGAGUACAUGGAGGAUAAGUUUGCGUUGAAGAGCCAAGCGAUGAAGGCCAGCGAUUACUACAUGGACCAAGUCAUGGAGAGCCUGGACAGCGCGCAGUACUUCAACAAGUCCUCCCCGAAAUGCGUGCAGGCCUUCGGGCUGCAGAGCGGCGAGCACCGCUCCUCGCCCUGCGGGGAACAGAACGGCAGUUACGGCGUGCCAAAAACAGACGACGAAACUUUGCACUCGGACCUCGGGAGGUCGAUGGACAAUUGCUGCACUCUGCGCGCCUCUCCGGUGACAACCGGACAGGAGAAAACGGACUUGGACGACAUGGGAGACAAGUGCGACAGUAACGUGUCCAGCAGCAAGAAGAGGAGACACCGGACGACCUUCACCAGCGCGCAGCUGGAGGAGCUGGAGAAAGUGUUUCAGAAAACUCACUAUCCAGAUGUUUAUGUGAGGGAACAGCUGGCCAUGAGGACGGAGUUAACGGAGGCCAGAGUGCAGGUGUGGUUUCAGAACAGAAGAGCGAAGUGGAGGAAAAGAGAGCGCUACGGGCAGAUCCAACAAGCCAAGACUCACUUCGCAGCCACCUACGAUUUAUCAGUGUUGCCGAGGACCGACAGCUACACGCAGAUUCCCAACAACCUGUGGCCAAGUCCUGCUCCCGGCGGCUCCGUGGUGUCCUCCUGCAUGCUGCCCCGAGGCUCCCCUCCCUGCGUCACUUCCUACUCACACUCCCCGCGUUCGGCCGCCGGUGCCGCCGACCACGGCUACGUGGGCUUCCCCAACCAGCAGAACCAGUUCGGUCACGUCUCCCUCAACAACUUCUUCAGCGCAGACUCCCUCCUCACGCCGGCCCCCAACGGUCACCACGCCUUCGAGACCAAGCCGGAGUUUGAGAGGCGCUCAUCCAGCAUCGCCGUGCUGCGCAUGAAGGCCAAGGAGCACACAGCCAACAUCUCGUGGGCCAUGUGAUCAGGGUUCCAUAUGUACGUCUGGCAAAACUAAUUUUAUUUUUACGAAGUGUCGGAGGUCUGAAAUAAUUUGUCACAUACGGUACAGAUGUAACAACAUUUAGAUGUCGCUCAUUUGUUGUGAAUGAAAAUCAGUUUCACAGUCAUACUGCCCUGCUAUAAAGAGCUGCACAUAUGUAACUCUAGCCCAAGUUUUGUCCACUGGGUCAAUAGAAUAGGGUCUGGAUAUAGUAUGUAAAUUGAAAAACGUGUCAGGAUUCGUGUACCCUGCAUAUUCUAAAAGCUGCAAAAUAAUAAGCUCAAGCUCAUAUCAGAAAUUAGAUAGCAGUAAUGCUGUGAUGGACAAUCAGCUGUGUUUGUGUCCGAGGCAGUUGGCUGUACUGGUACUACCUUGUGGUCAGAGAUGCUUUCUCGAAAGGUGAUGGUCCAGACCUUCAUGUAGCUUAAUUGAAGCAAUACGUUCAUAUCAUUCAGACUUUCAGGGUAAUGUUCUGCGCAUUGUUUUACAGCCCACAAACCUCUCUGGUCGGACCAGACAGUCGAUGAUGUGUUGAGGCGAGAGCUGUGAUGUGGAUAAGCUUUCUGUGUUGUUGUCGUCCCUGUGUGGGUACGUGUGGAUCCGGAGGGAGGGGUCCCGAACCACUACAGCAUUUCUAAGCACUGUGAAUAAGCUUUCUUUACAUGCGCCUUUUCGUCUUCCCCCCUCGUUGGAGCUCAGGACUGAAGAUGAGCAGCGUGGAGACGGACUGACUUGACGUACUGACGUGUCUGUGUGCUUUGCAGCAAAGCUCUAUAAUCUCUGUCGUCUGCCUCUGUUCUGUAUCACAGGUGCACGGUGCAGGCAGAGGAGGCAGGUUUUAAAACUGUGUUGUAAAUUUAUGUCAUGGACGCAUAAUAAAUGAAUGUCACUUGA